UAAUGGCAUACGUCUCGUUUAUUAUUAUUGGAAUUUUUUUAAACAUUCACUGGAUUGAUUGCUAUACCAAUCUUGCAAAUGUACCAUGUGGCCAAGGAAAAUUAACAAGACGUAUGCCAAAAAUAGUCGGUGGACAAGAUGCAAUACCCAGUGAAUUUCCGUGGCUCGUUAGUAUCACGAGAAAAGGAGGACAUUUUUGUGGUGGUACAAUAAUCAACAAUAAAUUUAUUUUAACAGCAGCUCACUGUUUAUGUUCAGGAUUAAAUUCAAUUCCAGUGAAUCAGUUAAAAGUAACACUUGGUGAAUAUAAUUUACGUGAAACAGAAAUACCAGCUUCGAUUAUUAAAAAUAUUAAAAAUGUUGUUGUUCAUCCGAGUCAUAAGUGUGGACAGUAUAUUGAUGAUAUAGCUAUUUUGGAAUUGGGUGAGACUAUUGUUUGGAGUAAUAGUAUUCAGCCAGCGUGUUUGCCAAUAGGACAAGAUGAUGUUAAUUAUCAAAUAUUUAAUGGAGAAUCAGCUACUGCUGCUGGAUGGGGAUGGCUUGGUGAAAAUCGUACAGAAUACAAACGAACAGAUAAAUUACAAAAAGUUGAUGUUAAUAUUAUUGAAAAUAAAGUUUGUCGAGAUUGGUACGAAAGUCAAGGUAAAAAAACUCGAGUUGGACCACAACAAAUGUGUGCUGGACAUGAAUCUGGUGGUAGAGAUUCUUGUUGGGCGGACAGUGGUGGUCCCUUGAUGGUAGGAAGUAAUCUUGGUGACAGUAUAGUUGUUGUGGGAGUUGUUUCAUCUGGUUUGGGAUGUGCUAGACCAAAGUUGCCUGGUAUCUAUACGAGAAUAUCUGAGUAUAUACCUUGGAUAACCCAACAAACAAAUAUCCAACAUUAA